GUUGAAAAUUGGUUUCUGUUUGAGCGUGCGCACUGGGUGCGUUACCAGAUGAUAGACUUGAAAAGGUCAUGGGAUCAAAUUGUGUUCGGCUUUCCAGUUCAAUUUCAUCAAGAUGCACCAAGACGUGCUAACCUGCAAGAUGACUUUCACAAAAACAACGAUAUCGUGGCACUCGAUGAAGACGGAAACGCAGUGUUCGACCUCAAUGGAAGACAAGAGUGGAUUAGGAUGGAUCAAACAUGUCAAAGACCAUAACGUGGUGGAGGGCGUUCCUGUAACAUUUGUCGAAAGGUAUCCUUGGGAGGCAUUGGAAAAUGAUUGGGUGUCUCCUAAGCACAAAAUCCAGGCCAAGAAGAUUCUGGAGGACAUCAAAGCGAAGAGGCCUAGCGAAUACACUCGAACAGAGCAACACAUUGUAGCCAUGCGAGACUAUUGGAUCAAGCAGCUGAAGCAACGACCUAGAAACGCCGUCGUACCAGUCAAGAGCGCAAAAGACCCAAAACCUCGAAAGACUGGCAAAGCUCCUCACUAUAUCGAAACCUUUGGGAAUUCCGACGACGAAUUAACCAAUGCCGAACAGAGGGGAGGGAAGUCGUUCGUAACGGUUCGAGGACAUGAUCCCAAGGUCCCAGGAGCUUCCACCCUACUUUCCAGCAGCAAGAGGUCUGCGUCCUUGGACACCACCUCCAACAUUGGUUCUAGCCACCCGAUCUGGUUGGAUCCCCAGCUCCACCAAGUCAACAACCCAGGUCCCCAAACUUCGAUCACACCGACAGGUCAAGGAAUUGGUACUUCCGAAGCCCCACCUCCUGAAGUUCCAGUCCCUUCGGCCUUGAGGAGUUACGAAACUGUCGAACUCAUUGCUCUGCAUUUAGCAUGCACACCGAACUUCCAUCAAAUGAUGAGAUUAGAUGGUAAGAUGUCAAUGCGAUCACUUGACAAGAACUGGUUGUGUGGCCUAGAUCUGCCUGAGAGGCAAUACCGGAACUUACGAAUGACACCGCGUGGCUGGCACACUAUCAGCGUCGCAAUUACUAUGAGGCCAUCAAAAGACGAGCGUCAGAAAUCUUUGAACAACUUCCAAAAAUGACCAGAACGCCGCUGGAGAAGCCAAUAAAAAGACCCGCGCCUGUC